GGAACAUCUGAAAUAAAAGAGAAAAGGAGCGAAACUGGACUUCAUCUCUUGCUUGUACCUGACUCUUUAGACCAAGUCUGCCUAAAGAUUGGGGUGCAGAAAAACUCAAGAAAAGCAAGCAGUCUUUCUGGCUGAAGAAAAAAGAAUUUAAACAAUUCUACAUCAAGUGAACUGUUAGAAUUCCAAGGUCCAGUUUCUCUCAGCAUGAAGAGAAUAACAGAUGUUGCAGUGGCCUUUGUUUUGCUGCUGACUUGUAUAUAUGCUACUAAAGAAACUACAAAGAGGAACAGGAAGUCCAAACAAUCUGUUCCACAGAUUGAGUGUGCCAUCAAAGCUGCAAAGAUCAUCAACCCAGAAUUUAUUGCUAAGUGUCCCUUGGGAUGUCAGGAUGUUAAAUAUCGGGUUUAUGGCACUGGUAUCUAUGCCUCUUUUUCCAGUGUUUGUGCUGCUGCUAUUCACAGUGGAAUUAUUGACAACUCUGGAGGAAAAAUCUUAGUUCAAAAAGUUGCUGGUCAGUCUGGGUACAAGGGUAGUUUUUCUAAUGGAAUCCGCUCACUUUCAUUACCACGAUGGAGGGAAUCCUUCAUACUUUCAGAAGGCAAGCCCAAAAGAGGUGUGCAGUACCCAUCAAUUCUGACCUAUUCGUCUUCUGAAAGCACAGUCACUAAAGGAAAUUCAUUACGGAAAGGAUCUCAGACAUCUGCUGCUCCAUUGCCAGCUACACAGGGUGCCACUCGCACAUUCAAACCCUUUACGACCACAACCGAAUUUGUCAGCACAACUCCAAAGACAACCACCACUUCGACCACCAUUGCACCGAUGACCUUCACCAAAGUGACAACUGUUACAGUGGCAAAGCCUCUCAUUGCAGUGCACAAGGUCAGGGAUCUGGGCUCUAGUAAUGUCCAUCCAGUUUAUUCAGCGGUGGCAGCAGCAGCAUUAUCAAGGCAAGUUCAAGCUGCGCAAGGAAGAACUCAAAAUCAAGCUACUGAAACAGAUGCAUGGAAGUCUGGAUCAAGCCUUUUGGACCCAGGUUUCAACUCCAAGGAAGACAUAGUCCCAAAGACUUUGAAGCCAGUUUCCCAGGGAAAUCCAAAUUGCAAAGUUGACUUAGCCUUCUUGAUGGAUGGCAGCUGGAGCAUCGGCAGGCGCCGUUUUCAGAUCCAGAAACAGUUCCUCAAGGAUGUAUCUCAAGCCUUGGAUGUUGGCCCAAUAGGGCCUCUCAUGGGCAUUGUUCAGUAUGGCGAUGGUCCUUCUACUGAAUUUAACUUGAAGGCCUACGCAAAUACCAAGGACUUAAAAAAUGCCAUUGAGAAAAUAUCCCAAAAAGGAGGCUUAUCUAAUGUUGGAAAAGCUUUGUCCUUUAUUAACAAAAACUACUUUGAAGAUGCCAACGGCAACCGAGGAAGUGCCCCCAAUGUGGCUGUAGUGUUGGUGGAUGGAUGGCCCACCGAUAAGGUAGAAGAAGCCUCCAGGCUGGCACGGGAGUCUGGCAUUAACAUUUUCUUUGUCACCAUUGAAGGACCCGAUGAAAAUGAAAAGAAAAAUGUCAUUGAGACAAACUUUGUGGACAAGGCUGUAUGCAGGACCAAUGGAUACUAUUCUAUUCAUGUCACCAGUUGGUUUACCUUGUACAAAGUAGUGCAGCCUUUAGUGAAACGAGUCUGUGAUGUUGACCGUCUGGCUUGCAGCAAAACCUGCCUAAAUUCAGCCGACAUUGGGUUUGUCAUUGAUGGAUCUAGCAGCGUUGGCACAGGUAACUUCCGCACCAUUCUGCAAUUUGUAGCCAAUAUUAGCAAAGAGUUUGAGAUUUCUGAUACAGAUACCCGGAUUGGAGCUGUGCAGUACACUUAUGAACAAAGGCUGGAAUUCGACUUUAACAAGCACAGCACUAAGCAGGAGGUGCUAAACGCUAUCAAAAGAAUCAACUAUUGGAGUGGAGGAACCAGCACUGGAGCGGCCAUCAACUUCGCCUUUGAGCAGCUCUUCAGCAAAUCCAAACCCAACAAGCGGAAAAUCAUGAUUUUGAUUACAGAUGGCAGAUCGUACGAUGAUGUCAGGGGACCAGCUUUAGCAGCACACCAAAAUGGUGUAAUAGCUUACUCAAUAGGAAUCGCAUGGGCUGCCCAAGAUGAACUGGAAGCUGUGGCAACUGACCCUGAUAAGGAACAUUCAUUCUUUGUGGAUGAAUUUGACAGACUCUAUAGAUUUGUUCCUAAGAUCGUUCAGAAUAUUUGUACAGAGUUUAAUUCACAGCCACGGAACUGAUUGCAUCCAGCUACAAGGGUUGCAUCGCUGAAAUUGCCUCCGAUAAAUCAGGCAAUGCAAGAUGAGAAAUUUUACCUAAAGGAUAAUUUCAGAUCUGCUCUCCAAGCAUAACCAUAAUAGAAGCUGUAAAGUGAUGCUUCCCCUCACCCCACACCUCACCUUACUUGUUUCCAAACUGAUAACAAACUGGCCAAUAACCGUUUAUUUAUUUAAAAUUAUCAGGCCGAGUCAAUGAAUUUAACUUCUCAGUAUAACAGCCAUGGAAUAUUUCUGAGGACUUCAAAGCCACCUUUAUUUUAAUGAUGAUAGCAUUACUUUCCCAGGGUGGUGGUGAAGUCAAGAAACAGGCUGACUUAUCACUUUUGAAUAUUGUAAAAUAGUUUGGAUCCUAACCUUUAAUUCCAGGUAUUGGCAGUCAUGUAAAUCAUAAGAAGCAAACAAGACACUGAUUAAAUAUAGACAGUACGAUGAAAAAAACAUGUAUCUGUGGCCUGCUAACCACGUACUGAAGGAAUAGUUUUCAGCACAUUGUAUUUUUCCUUUACUAACAUUUCAUGUGCUUCAACUGUAUAUCAGUCUGUAACAAGAGCCCAAAUUGUGAGACAGAUAGAUAUAGAUAAGUUCACCAUCAUCAUUCUCCUUAUUACAUUCAUGAAGACAGCAUAGCCAGAAUUUUCCAUUCAUUGUCAUAUAAGUAAGGAGAGCAGCCGGCUGACUAAUCUUGACAACUGUUACAAACAUGGUACAUCCAAUCAAUCAUAAGUCUCAUUGGGAACAAUAUUUUCCUUUAAAAAAUAAAAACUCCAGCAAAUGACUAUUAGCGUUUGAAUUCUAAAACAGAAUAAUAUUUAUAAUAGAUUUUUUUCAUCCUUAGUAGACUAAAUAGAGGUUGAGCCCUAAUAGCGGUUUCCUGUGGCUUAUCUAGGAUUUCCAUACAGAGAAAAAAAUCUACAAAAGUAGCUUGAAAGUGAAAAUACUCUACAUAUAUAGAGUAUUUCGGCUGAACCAUUCUAAUCCAUGUUUCUUGACAUUGCAAAUAGUGAGACAUAUUAAACUAGACUGAUUCUAUUUCAGGAAAGACUAUAUACUUAUAUUCAUAUUUAUUUUUCCUAUUUACAAAAAGAGACAUUAAUUGUAAUUUUAUAAGUAUUUACUAAAGGUUUUUUUUAAAGAUAACUGGCUCUUUCUAGAACCCAUACGAAGAUGAAUUACUGUGCUACGUUAGAUAGUUUUGGUGGGGAGACCAACAAUUUCACAAGUAUACUGUGAA